ACACGCCCCUCCCCUCUCUGCCCCUGACAGUUUGACAACUUCAAGCGGGUGUUCAAGGUGGUGGAGGAGAUGAAGGGCCCCCUGGUGGAGAACAUCCAGCAGCACUUCCUGCUGUCCGACCGGCUGGCCCGGGACUACGCUGCCAUCGUCUUCUUCGCCAACAGCCGCUUCGAGACGGGCAAGAAGAAGCUGCAGUAUCUCACCUUUGAGGACUUUGCCUUCUGCGCCAGUCAGCUUAUCCAGUACUGGACUGUGGGAGCAGUGGACUCCAUGGUGGAGGACAUGGAUGUUGAUCUGGACAAGGAAUUCCUGCAGGAUCUGAAGGACCUCAAGAUCCUCAUCACAGAUAAAGACAUGCUGGACCAGCACAAGAGUCUGGUCUGCACGGCGCUGCGGGGGAAGGUACAGGUGUUCGCGGAGAUGGAGGCGAACUUCAAGAACCUGUCGAGAAGCCUGGUGAACAUCGCAGCCAAGCUGAUGCACACGAAGGACGCGCGGGAUUUGUUCAUCGACCUCGUGGAGAAGUUCAUCGAGCCGUGUCGCUCGGACAGGUGGAUUUUGAACGAUGUCCGAGUCUUCCUGACUCAGUACACCAACUCUGCACGCGCCCUCGAUGCCUUCAGGCACCAGGCCAUCUGGGAGCGGUACAUGGGCGUCAUGAAGAGCUGCAUCCUGAAGAUGUACCAUGAGUAGCGCCAGGCUGGCGCCCCUGCCCUGUCCCUCCUGCCCCCUCUCUGCAGAGCCCAGGCCCGGGACAGGAGCGUGCUGUGUCUGCUGGACACCAGUGGAGUGGGGUGUGUCCGCUGGAGACGCGAGACAGGAGGACA